AUGUCAUCUCGGGCCGCCAAUAACGGUGCCAAUGCCCGGGUUCGGAUCCGGGCUUUUCCGGUGAAUUUUGGGGCGAAUUGAUGGAAAAAUAUCGAUUUUUAGGAGUGUUUAUGUUGAUGUUUUUUUUGUUUCUUUGCGAAAAUACGCGUUUCUGUUGAAUUUUCGAUGUGAUUUCAAGAGAAAGCUGUAAAAUUCGUCAAAAUCUAAAUUAAAGGCACAGAAGUCUUCAAAUGACUCUUAAAAGAGGGUUUUCUCUUCAAGGCCAUAAUAAGAUUUUUUAUGCGCCUUUAAAAAAUCUUUUUUUUGAUUUUAUGUAAAAGGAAAGCUGUAAAAUCUUUCAAAAAUCGUAAUUAAAGGCACAUGAGUCAUUAACUUAUUCUGGAAACGGCAUUUCGCCUCGAGACCUUAAUGAUAUUUGUUCAUGAGCCUUUAAACAAUGAAAAAAGUGUCCUUGAACAAAAAAUUACAUAAAACCGCAAUCCUUAAAAGAAAAAAGGUAACAAAUAAGUAGAAUACUAACGUUUAUCAAAAAUCGAUAAAAUUUCUGAUUUAAAAAAAUGAAAUUUUAAUAAAAAUUCCCUUCAGACGAACAUGGACGAGUCGUACGUCAACCAAAUCUGGGACCUUCUGAAGCGUGCCAUCCAGGAAAUUCAGAACAAAAAUAAUUCUGGGCUGAGUUUCGAGGAGCUCUACCGCAAUGCCUACACUAUGGUAUGGAAAUUUUAAAAAUGUCAUUUUUAUUGAUUUUUUUAGGUUCUUCACAAACAUGGAGAACGGUUAUAUAAUGGCCUCAAAGAGGUCAUCAUCUCGCAUCUUGACAAGGUUUGUUAGGGAAAUAGCUUUUUUUUGGAAGUUAAGAGGGUUUUUUGACGGUCUUGUGGUAGGUUUUCAUGUAAAUUCUUAGAGAUUUGCUAAGUUAUUUGUUAAUUUUUGGGUUUUUCAGAAUGAAAAUAUGAUUUAUAAGGUUAUUUAGAGAAUAAAAGACAGGAUUUUAUGAAGUAACUAAAGUUUCAUUAAAAAAUUUUUGACUUUUUGAAAGUUUUUUUGACGGCUUUGGAGAAUGUUCUCAUGUACAUUUUUCAGAGAUUUGCUAAUUUAUUUUUUUCGAUUUUUUUCCGAUGGAAAAAUGUGAUUUCCAAGCCUAUUCAAAAAAAAGCAAGAUUUUUAUAAAUAAACUAAAAAAAUUUAUUGGCAUUUUUUUCAGGACCUUUUGAAAGCUUAAAAGUAGUUUCCUAUGUUAUUUGAAGCUUCAAAUGAUAAAUUUUUUUAUUAAAGUUUUGAAAUUCCAAUUUUUCAGAAGCAUAUUUAGCUCAGAAUGGCUUACUGUAACAUUUUUUUCCAGAAUUAAAAAAAAUCAGCAUUUCCCCAACUUUGAUUUUUCAAAGGGACUUCACGCAUUUUUAAAAGUCAUAGGGUUUUUUUCAGAUUUUUCCGUUCGAUUUUUUUCAAAAAGUUGUUCGUUAUGUUAUUUGAUGCUUUAAAUGUUAAAUUUUGUGUUGAAAUUUCAAUAUUUGAGUUUUAGAAUGAUCAAAAAGGUACAUUUUAGUCUUGUAAUCUGAAAAACUCCUCAUCAAAUCUUCGAGAAAAAAAAGUCGUCAUUUUUUGAAUUUUUAGUUUUUCUCAAGCUUUUUCUACAUAUUCUUCAUCAAUUUGGCUAAAAUAAAUUAAAUUUCAUUUCUAAAUCAACUUCUCAAUGGAACAUCGCGCAAUUUUCCGCAAAAUUGUCUUUUUCCGAUUUAAAACUGAUCUUCGACCAAACAUUUAUUUCGUUUUACAAGCUUUUUGGAUUUUUUUCCCUAGUUUUUUAUAGGCUGUAAAUGUUUGAUUUUUGUUGAAUAUUCGUCAACAGGGAAAGUUAUAAUUUUUUUUCUAAUUCAAAAUUUCAACGGAAUCUUCGCAAAUUUCCCACUGGAAAGCUUUCAUGCCCUUUCUCAUUUUUCUUCGCCCACAAUCCAUCAGUCUCGAAAAGUAUAUGUUCCUUUUCUAGGUCCGCGAGAAAAUCGUCGUCUCCAUCACGAACGGAUCAUUUUUGGAAACUUUGAAAGAGGCCUGGUCCGACCACACCGUCGCCAUGGUGAAAACCGACAAAUUAUUGAUUUAUCGAUUGAUUUUUUGUUCGCAGGUGAUGAUUCGGGACAUUUUGAUGUACAUGGACCGGAUCUACGUCCAGCAGAACAGCAGCGUCGCCCUGCCCGUAUAUAAUCUCGGCCUUGACAUUUUUUUAAGUGCGUUUGGGGGGCAUUCUGGAAUUUUUUUCUAAUGGAGUUUUUUUAAGGCUUUGAAAAAUUUUUAAAGACGAUGGAUAUCGAAGGAAAAAAAUGGCCUUGAUAUUUUUUUAAAACCUUGUUUUCUGGGGGUGAAUCGGAAGAUUUUCGGGGAAAAAAAUGGUUUUUUUCUAGAAUCUGUCAUGUGGGUGGUGAAGGUGGAAAAAAAUUGUCUUUUUCUUUAGUUUUGAAAAAUUUUUUUCAGGUUUUCUGAAUUUUAAAGGCGUUUUUUUGUGAGGAAUCGGAGGAUUUCGGAAAAAAAUCAUUUUUUUCAAAAGGUUAAAAAAAAUUUUUUAUCUGAAUUUCGGAAAAUUGAGUUUAUUUGAGCCUUCGGAAGUUUGAAAAACGUUCGAACUUUUAAAAAAAGUUAAACCUUGAGUAAAUGGAGUGCAAAUGUGAUUAGGAAAAUAGGAAUUAGCCUAAAUUUCUUCAGAACUUUGAUGAAUUUCAGUCAUAAGUUCUUUUUCAGGAGCGAAAUUUUGCGACGGAACAAUAUUGGGAUCUUUUUUUGCGCCAAACCUCGCUCAAAUUGAUUGAGAUGGAUCGGCAGAAGAAUGAAAUCAAUUGGUGAGUUUAAAGGGAAAAAAAUAAUUAAUUUUAAUUUUUUUAUACGCUAUGUUAAUCGAGAAAGGUUUUUUUGAUUAAUAUUAGCCUUAAAAAAAUAAGAUUUUUUUAAUUUUUCCAAUUCUGGUUUCUAGUAAGAAUAUGUAAGAAUUUAAAUUUUAGUAAGAAUGUAAGACACCCUUCUUAUUUGGAAAAAAAUCACUGGAAAAAGAAAAAAAUCAAUAAAAAAAUAAGACUUUUUUUAUUUUAUUUUUCUUAUUGUCAUAACCUCUAUACUUGUCGACGCUUAUUAGGGUAGAAAAACUUGUUGAAAAGGAAUUUAUUUCAAAGCUCCUUGGUCCAAAAUUUUUUUCCCUAAUUGUCAAAAAUUCCUUUUCAAUGCUUAAAAGGGUAAUAUCAACUAUGAGUUUCGUUAUUUUUUAGGGUUUUCAUGCUUUUUCUUGUGAUUCGGCUCAGACUCUUGCGCUUUUUUUUAAGUAUUGUAUUCCGUAGAAUGAGGAAAAAAAAAUCGCGUGUCGAGAUUUUUCUCAGUUUUUAAAAACUGGAUUUUUCUUGAAACUUCUUUGACCUUUUUCUAAUUUUACCUUCUUUUAAUCAGGAGUUUUGAAGAGAUUUUCUGCCUCAAAAUUUGGGCAAUUUCAGACUUUAGUUUAUUUUGAAGUUCAUAGGAUCAUCUCAAUGAACUGCAUAAAUUUUUAAGCUUUUCUAUUUUAUUUCACAUUGAAAUUCUGCUCCAGAAGCAUCGAAAUUGGCUUCAAAUUCCUCAAUUUCAUUCGAAAUGAUCGAAAUUUGCUGCAAAUAAUCGAAUUUCGCUUCGAAAAUAGUGGAAUUUCCUCCAAAUUUUUUCAAAUUUGCUUCGAAAGCAGCGUAAUUUGCUGCAAAUUAAUCGAAAAUCGCUCAUUUUCUGUUUCUUGAUGCCUUAAAUCCGAGAAAUUUUGAGUUUUAGUUUAUUUAAAAGCACUCAGAACCAUAUUUUGAAUAUUUUGGUAGGAUUUUGAGCUUUUUUUGACUAUUCUCUCCCUCAGGAUGGGUAUAAAAAGCACGUGUCGGAUGCUCGUCGAACUCGGCAUCGAAUCGCGUUCCGUCUACGAGGAAGAGUUCGAAAAACCGCUCCUCAAGGUGCUUCCAAUAUCGAAAAUCUUGGAAAAAGUCCCGUUUUUUCCUAGGAAACUGCCGAUUUCUACAGAGGCGUCUGUAGUGAAUGGCUCCAGAACGAGGAGAUCGACGCCUGCUAUUAUUUGAAUCAGGUUUUUUUGGGGGGCGGGGGAGGGGAAUUUAUUCUGAAAAAAAUUCAAUGGAAAUGAACGAUUUUUCCAGGUCGAAACUUGCAUGCACGACGAGGUAAACCGCUCCAGACGGUAUUUGGACGCCGAAACUGAGGCCAAAAUUUUACGGGUUCGUUUCUUGGGAGCGCCAGAGUGGUCCCUGUAGGGGACCCUUGAAGAUUCCCCUUAAGGGGCAAAGAAAUACGAGUUUUUCAAUCGUUAACACAGAAAAUUCUACUACAAAAAUUGAAAAAUCGAAAAUAUCUCCUUUUUAGGAACUACAGAGGGGUCCCUAUAGGGGCAACGAUAGGAGCCCUUUAAGUUUCCCCUUUUGGGGCCACUAAGGCUUGAAAAAGUGACCCUUAUAGGUAUAGAAAAGCAUGCUAGUGGCCCGUAGAGGGAUUUUGGUUAGGGGCUUAUUCAGGGACUCCUAUAGGGAACAUGCUAUUGUUAUGAACUCUAUGAGCUCUACAAAAAAAGACUGCCAUAGGAGACCACUUGAGCCUUAGGAACCUAGAAAUCAAGGCCUGGACCCCUAGAGGGGCCACUUAAAUUUUAACCCUCUAGGGAGCACUUUUUGUCCCCUAUAGGAGCAUUUUUUUCUCCUGGCCCCUCUAGGGAACGCUCUGGCGUUUCUUGGUUUUUAAAUUAAAGAGAAAAGUUAUAUGUGAUGAAAGUUUAAUAGGGUUCUUAUGAACGCCAGAGUGGUCCCUAGAGGGGCUAGGGGACGAAAAAGAGCUACCUUUAGUGGUGAAAGUUGAGGGGUCCCUAUAGAGGUCUUUAUAUUUUUUGUAAAAGUUGAAAAGACAAACUUGAUCAAUCCAUCCACUGUUGGUAAUUUUCCCUAUAAACGUCAUUUUAGCAAGAAUUAAGUGGCCUUUAUAGGGGGAGGUGAAGUGGUCCCUAGAGCGGAGCCUUCAAAAGGUCUUAGGGCUACCCCUCUAGGGGCCACUAUGGCUUUCCUGAAACAUGUCUCACAAAGAAUACGAUGUAAUAAAAUGUUAAAAAUCUUCCGCCUUAAUCAAAUUAUUGAAAAGGUAAACCCUUAGUUACAAAUUGUUUUUUGACUCCCGGUUUUUUGCGAAUUAUGGAAAGCGCAAGUUUUUCUGAAAUGAAAGUAAACAAAAAAACAUUGUUUUUUUAUCGAGCACAUAAAGAAGAAAAAAACCGAUGAAAUGAGAUAUUAAUCCAAAAAAAUUCAAUAGUUUCCUAAGUGCCCAGAACAAUUUACAGAACUAGAGAAAACAAAUUAAUAAAUAAGGAAUAAUUUGAAAUGUUCACAUCAUCAGGAAUUUCAUUUUUCGCAAAAAAAAUUCAUUCAAACCACUACUUGAAAUGUUAUUAUUUUUCUUAUUUACAAAGAGAAAAAAACGAAAAAGAUGCGAAAAAGUGAAAUCAAAAAGCACGAUUUCUGUCAAAAACCAUAAAAUUAAACUUUUCAUCGAUCCUAAAUAACUCAAAAUUUCAUUUUUCAAUAUGAAAAAAACUGAAAUAAAAAAACAAAAAAAUACGAAAAAAAUACCUUGCGCUCGCUUCAGGGGCUGAAAUGAAGUUUCCCCUUCAGGGACCACUGAGGCUUGAAAAGUGACCCCUAUAGGUAUAGAAAAGCAGGCUAGUGGUCCGUAAAGGAAUUUCGGUUAGUGGCCAUCUUAGGGGUUUCAGUUAGUGACUCCUAUAGGGGACAAGCUAGUCGAUUAUUUUUUUAUGAACUCCGUGAUUCAAUUAUAAGUUUCAAAUUUUUUUCGGAUAAAUCGAAUAUUUAACUAGAAGGGUUAAAAAAAUAGAACUACCUAAAAAAAGGCGAAAAAAAAUAACUUUUCUGUUUCAAUGUUUUUUUUAAAAAUCUCAAAUUUUUUUAUUUUUAAUUUAUGUGACGGACAUUGUUUAACAGAGCGACUAGUUUCACUGCGCGACAGUAGUUUCAUGUCGGGCGCAAGAAGUAGCACGAAAAUAUGGAUUUUUUGAGGCUUUCCAGGGCGAAUAAUACAGAUUUUCCUUUGGAAAAAAUUGGAAAAAGUUGUUUGAAGUAAAGUUUUUCUUCACAAGUGGGGUUGGUUAAUCCAUCUAGUGAUCGUUUUUCCUCUCUGCAACAUUGCCAUACCAUCCCGAUGUUGCGAAAAUAAAGAAAGUGAAUUGAAUCGAAGUUGAAUCGAAAAAAGCUCGAUUUUUCGAGAAAAUCAAUAAAUUGUCACCUGUCUUUUCAGGUAAUGGACGACGUUAUGGUGGCUGAGCACAUGAAUACGAUAGUUUAUAUGAAAAAUGGCGGCGUCAAAUUUAUGCUCGUCCAUAAAAAGGUGAACAAAAAUGAUUAUAUUGGGAAAAAGUGGCCCCUUGAGGGUUUAGACGUUUUAGUGACCACUAUAGUAGUCGACUUAGCGGCUUAACUAUAUUUGGCUUUUUUAAGAGUCUAAGUGGUACUACUGGACGACUACAAACUACUAUAGUGACCACUAGGAAGCAUAAUAGUGGUUUCUAUAGUGGUGGUCUGAGUGGCCACUUUUGUGUCCUUGAGAAACCUCUUAAGUGGCCACUAGAGAUUUUCCCAGCAAUUUUCAUGAUUUUUCUGUUCAGAUUGAAGAUUUGACGCGCACUUAUCGCAUUUUCAAACGUAUCAAUGUUAUGGAUCCCGUCAAUUCCGGUUCGAAAGUCCUUUUGAAGGCGAUUAGCGAGUGAGUCUUGGAUUUUAUUGAUAAAUAUCGUUUUCUGGAAAGAUUCUACGAUAAAAAAGAGCUUCUGCGGAGAUUUUCACGUUAAAAGAAGAUUUUUUGAUGAAAAUUUGAUUUUGGAAAAAAAAUUUUUGGCAAAAAAUCGAUAUUUUCUGAAAAGAAAUCAGUUCCUGAAGAGAUUUUUAACAAAAAUUGUAAGACCCCUAUAGGGACCACUUAAGCUACUGGAGCUUAAGAGUCAGACUCUGAACCCCUCUAGGGACUACCUGAAUUUUACCCCUCUAGGGAGCACUUUCUGGUCGUCUUCAGGGGCAGUUUGUUCUCCUGACCCCUUUAGGGACCACUUAAGCUACCGGAGCUUAAGAGUCAGACUCUGAACCCCUCUAGGGACUACCUGAAUUUUACCCCACUAGGGAGCAUUUUCUUGUCGCCUCUCAGACCCCUAAAGGGACCGCUCUGGCGUUCCUCAGUAUAGAAACUUCUUGAAGAGAUUUUCCAGUUUUAAGACUUCUCCAGGGGCCACUUAAAGCUUAGGGGCUCAGGAUUCAGACUCUAAAUUCCUAUAGGGACCACCUGAAUUUUACCCUCUAGGGAGCACUUUCUGGUCGUCUUCAGGGACAGUUUUUUAUCCUGACCCCUUUAGGGACCACGGGGGCGCUCCCUAGUAUUGAAAAUCUUAAAGAGAUUUUUCCACAAAAUUUCAAAAGGCCCCUAUAAGGACCGCUUGAGCUUCAGAGACCUAGGAAUCAAAUCCUAAACCCCUCUAGGGACUACCUGAAUUUUUCCCCUUUAGGGAACACUUUUUUGUUGCCUCUCAGAUCCCUAUAGGGACCGAUCUGCCGUUCCUCAAUAUUGAAAGUUCUUAAGAAGAGAUUUUUCAGUUCAAAGACUUCUCCAGUGACCACUUGAACUUUAGAGGCUCAGGAGUCAGAUUCUAAGCCCCUAUAGGGACCACCUGAAUUUCACCCCUCUAGGGAGCACUUUUUUGUCGGCAUGGGGGCGCUUUUUUUCUCCAGGCCCCUAUAGGGACCACUUGGGCGUUCUUAAGCUUGUCUUUAUAUAACAAUAAUUUCCAUAACUUUUUAGAACAACAGAUGGCGGAUUUUUUUAGUUGAUCGUGUUCAGAUUUUCAAUCUUUUAACCAAACUAUAGACAUUCAAACUUGAUUUCUCUUCUUUUUUUUUUGCUGACAAGCUUUUUUCCUUCAGCGCCUUGAGUAAAUAAACAUGCCCAUCGUGCUGUUUUUCCUGACUAUUUUACGGUUCCCUAAUCUUUGUACCGUUUUGUGUUGGGUGUUUUCUGAAUGGAAAUGUUGGUGAAAAUAGUUUUUUGAAAGGGAAAUUGGAAAACUGGGCUCAAUUAUUGAUGAGUGAGGUUUUAAAAACUGUGAAAAUAAUAUCAAAACUUUUGAAAGCCUUGGAAGAAUAUAGAAUUUUGAGAAAUGUGUUCCUGGAAACUUCUAAAAUCCUGGAAAUCAAUUUGUUCAGUAAAUUUUUGUCCUGGAAACUAAUAGGAAUCUUGAAAAGGAUAAACUCACGAAACAUCUUUUUAGAAACCGGGAUAAUUAUAAAGUUUGAAGUUUUUUGAUUUGUUUCCCUAUUUUUCGUCCUUUUUCCCGUUUUUUUUUCUCAAUUUCCAAAUUUUGAAAAAAAGAAAAAUAAAUUUUUUUGUAGAAGAUUGAACCUGGAAGGCUAGAAUUUGAACUUUUCCGAAAAUGAUAUAAUUCACAACAUUUUCUACUAGAAAUGUGCUUCCAGAACCUUCUAGAAACUUUAAAAAUGACAUCAUUCCGGCAAGAAAAAUUAAUUUAAAUGAUUCCAUGACUUUACAGUUUUACGAUUGUUUUAAAUAUUGGUUGGAUGAGGGUUUUUUUUAAUUGGCUUCACAAUUGGAUUCUCUCUUUCUCUCUCUCUCUUUCUCUCUCUUUCUCCCUCUCUCUGACAUACACUAUUUCAUCGUUUUCUCGCAGCUAGAUAACGACGAAAUAGUGUGUGUCAGAGAUUUUCAAUGAAGAUUAUUAGUUCUGACGGAAUUAAAUCAUUUUUUUAACAUAUAUUUUUUUGUGCAUUAUUUGGAUUUUUUGCAGAUACCUGUGCGAACACGGCAAUAAUAUCGUUACGGACGAGGAGCUCAACAAAAAUCCUGUUAAUUAUGUCAAUGUUGGUGAUCUUUUUUUCUUGAAAAAAAGGAACUAGGGGAAAGUCGAAAUGGUGGAUAAUGGCCGCUGAAAAUGAAAGGCUCGAAAAAAGGCGCAGAAAGGCUGGAAAAAGGCCGCAAAAAGGCUGCAAAAAGACCGCAGAAAGGCUGGAAAAAGGCAGCAAAAAGGCUGCAAAAAGGCUGCAAAAAGGCAGAAAAAAGGCUGGAAAAAGGCCGCAAAAAGGCAGAAAAAAGGCUGGAAAAAGGCUGGAAAAAGGCCGCAAAACGGCUGGAAAAAGGCAGAAAAAAGGCAGCAGAAAGGCCGCAAAAAGGUUACAAAAAAGCUGCAAAAAUGCUGCAAAAAGGCAGCAAAAAAGGGAAAUUUCUUUUUUCACUAUUUCCGACUUUGUCUAUGAAGAGAAAAACUUGAAAUCGUGAAUAUCGGCUGGAAAAUGAGAGAAUUUGUAUUGUAAUUUUUGAUUUUUUUAAAGAUUUUCUUGUUGAAAUUAAAGAAAAAAAAAAACAAAUUUCAGGAUUUUAAGCUUCUAAAUAUGAAAAAAAUAGUGGAGAAACUUCAAAAACGUUUUUUUGGAUUUUUUUGUUAUUUUUUUCAAAGUUCAGAACAGGGUUCGGAUUUUUGAAAAAAAGACGAUUUUUUUGGAGAUUUUUUUAAUGGUUUUUGGGGUUUUUGAAGUAUGGGAAGUUGAAAAAAAUAGUCAUUUUUUUGCAAUUUCAGAAAAAAAUUUUUUAUGCAAUUUUACCACUAAAUAUUUCAUUUUUUGAUAUUCAAGUGAUAAAGCUCUUCCUGAAAGUUUUUAAAGAGUUGAAACAUUUUUUUAAACAUUUGAAAAAAUUGUAAUAUUUCCAGGAACUCCUCUCGCUGAAAGACUACUUCUCCUCGUUGCUCUCGACGGCGUUCAGCGACGAGAGGGACUACAAGAACAAGUUUCAGCACGACUUCGAGACGUUCAUCAACUCCAACACGAAAAGUCCCGAGUUCGUGGCCCUCUACAUGGACGACAUGCUCAAGAAUGGCAUGAAAUCGGUCGGUUUUGGGGGGGUUUUGGACGGGAGUUUGCAGUUUCAGAAUUCAUUUAUAAAUAGUUUCUUUUUUUUCUCGAUUAUUGAGGAUAUUUUACAGUGGCUCUUCAAAUUCGGCAAUUUUGGUUUUUAGUGGCCACUUUAGGGUUUUGACGUUUAGUGGUCGAAUUAGUGGCCCCUUAAGUGACCCAAAUUCAGAGACCUCUUUAGGGUUUUGACGUGUAGUACCCACUAGAGUAGUCGAGUUAGUGACCCCUUAAGUGACCCAAAUUCAGAGACCUCUUUAGGGUUUUGAAGUUUUAGUGGCCUCCAUAGUAAUCGAUUUAGUGGCCCCUUAAGUGACGGAAGUUCAGAGACCUUUUUAGUAGUCCAAUUCGUACUACUGGACCACUAAAACUACUAUAGUGGCCACUAAGAAGCGAAAUAUUGGAUUCUACAGGAAUGAUUUUAGUGAUCGCUUUAGGGUUCUCUUUGAAUAGACUUUGAGAUACCUCUUAAGGGACCACUAAAGAUUUUCUCAACUUUCUCCCAGCUUUUUUUAAUUUUUUUGAUGAUUUUUUUAUUCAUGUUUCUAUAUAGUGGGCUUCCUGUUUUAAUUAGAUUUUUGAAUAUUUUCAAGUUUUUUACCGUCCAAAAGUUCGUAUUUCUUUAAAAUACGGACAUUUUUGAAAUCUGGCCCUCGACCUUUAAAAAAUUCGCUUUAAAUUGACGAUUUUUCCAUAUAACAACGAAAUAUCCUUUAAUGUUCUAUACUUCAAUUUAUGCCAUUUUUCAGGUAUCCGACACGGAAAUGGACAAGACGCUCGACGAUAUUAUGAUUCUUUUCCGAUAUUUGCAAGAGAAGGACGUUUUUGAGAGGUGAGUUGAAAUUCAUAUCCCUUCGAGGAACCAUUGAAAAAAAAAGUAAAAAAAGAAAAAUAUAAGAGCGGAUGGAAUGAGGAAAGAAGAAAGCAAAAAGGAACCUUUUUUCAACUUUUAAGGUAGAUUUUCAUGAAACUUUUAAGUCCCAAUUUUUGAUCCACAAAAUGAUGAAUUCUAGAAGAAAGGUUAUUUCAUUUUUUGGCUAGGAAAUCCUUAAAAUUUAUUCCUGAUUUAUGGGCUAGGAAAGCUUCUUUCUGUACAUUUUUUUCUAAUUGUUUUUUUGUUUAUGUUGUUUCGAAAUUUCGAUUUUGCGGUUGAUUUUUUUAAACAGAAAAAGAUCCGAGAUUCUUCAAAUUUCGUAUAAUUUUUUUAAUUCGAUGGAAACUGUUUUGGUUUUUUAAUCAAUUUUCCUUCUAAAAACAGAUUGAAUAGGUUCGUUCUUGAAAUUUUAACUUUUUCUUUUCGAAUACUUUGAUUUUUUUUUGAUUUCCUAUUUUUAUUAUUGAAAAUUUAGCUCUUUUCUGAAGUUGAUGUACUUGAAUUACGUAAAAUGUUUUUCAAAGGGGCAAUAUUUUUUCUCACAUCAGAAGUUUUUCCAUAAAAGAGACGUUAAAUUUUCUAAUUUUCUCUUCUUUUGCUUUUUUGGUCAUGCCGUGUUCAAAGUGAUUCCGCGAAAUUCAAAAUAGCCGUCAGAGAAAGAGAAAGAUAACUGAAUUUUGGAGGGUCAGAGACAAUUUCGCAUUUCGCGGAAAUUACUUUGAACACGGCAUCAAAUUCGAGUUUCAGGGAAAUAAUUUUGAGGUUCAGUCAUUUUGAAGUUGUAUUUUAAGGAAGAAAUAAGGGCUCAGAUUUUUCAAUUUCAAGCUAUUUUUAUGAUUUUCUAUUACCUUUCAUCAAAAUUAGGAAGUUUUUUAGUUCAGUUCAAGAUCUUCACAUAUUUAUGUCCAAAAUGGCCCUCCUCAGUAAUUUUGAAACCUGAAAGCCUCUUUUUAGAUUUUUAAAAGACGUCAACGAAUAAAGAGAAGAUUCAUAAGAACCCAAUGUUUCAAUCCGCACAACUUUCUGGUUUUUUUAGAAUCAGGGGCUCAAAAUCGUCUAUUUUUGCGGAUUUCGAGGGUUUUCGUUGAAUUUAAGGUGUCUUUUUACGCAAAUUAGGGAGUUUUCUUAAUUCAGUUCAAAAUCUUAUGUCCAAAAUGGCCCUCCUCAGUAAUUUUGAAUUAGGAAAAACCCCAUUUUUCGUAGAUACUUCAAGCAACAACUCGCCAAGCGGCUCCUGCUGGACAAGAGCUGCUCGGACGACAGCGAGAAGGCGUUGAUCGGCAAGCUGAAGACCGAGUGCGGCUGCCAGUUCACCCAGAAACUGGAGAGCAUGUUCCGCGACAAGGAGCUCUGGAACAACCUCGCGAGCGGCUUCCGCGACUACCGCGAGGAGCACGCCGGACAAGCCGCUCGAAAUGUUUGUGUUUGGGAGAUAAUGGGGGUGUAAUGAACUAAUAGAGAAUUAUUGAUUUCAGAAACAAGGGCGGAAAAAAAUGUUUUUUUCCACGUUUCAUACAUGGGAUAGUCUCAGUGGGACCUGAAAAAAAGGGAAGGGGGGCUUGGCAAAAAAACUAGGGGGAUUUUUUUCCAAAGUGAUAAAAAGAACUUUCACACCCUACGGCGUCAACCUGUAAUUGGAUAAUUAAACAAAAAAACAAUUAUUUUUUUCUCCGAGCAAGCGGGGGGAUUUUUUUAGUUAAAAGUGAUCGGAAAAAAAGAACUUUCACAUCUUACGGCGUCAACCUGUAUUUGGAUCAAUUAAAAAAAUAAAAAAAUUAUUUUUUUCUCCGAGCAUGGGGGGCUUGGCUGACGUCAGUCAUGCUCAUUCCAUGUAUGUUCCCAGUUCAAAAUUUCAUUCCGCCUAUCUCUGCUAAGGGUAUAACUCAGGCUGUGCGAGGGCCGGCCCGUUAGCCUCUCUCCUAUUUUAUGAGCCUGACUUGGCCUUAGCGAAGCCUCAAGCAUAAAAGCCCCAAACAAAUCUACAAGGAAAAACCAGAAUUUUUGCAGAGGAACGCCCAUCCGAUCGAAAUAUCGGUCCGUGUUCUGACGGCCGGCGUCUGGCCGACCCAGCAGUGCAGCCCCGUCACGUUGGAUCCCGAUUGCGCCGCCGCUUACGAUGUUCAUUUUUCAUUCUCUUGAUUAUAUAUUUCAUAUCGAUUGAUUGAUAGGGAAGCUUGAUAUUGAUUGUUUUUGGUAGCUUUUAGAUUGAUGGUAGGAAAACGGGACUCUGAGGUUAAUAAUCACUCAAACAAGUUUUCUUUUCUUUAGAUUCCAAUUUUAGAACUUGCUUCCAAGUUUAGUGAUUUCUAAGCUUCUAACAGCUGUAAGUUUGAAGCUAAGAAUCAACUUGGAAGCCAAUUUCUGAAGAUUUUUCUCAUUUUUCAACAUUUUCAGUUAGAAAAGCUCCUUUUUACAUUCCUUUUUUUCUAAAUUCCGAUUUUGUUCCAAAUUUAGAGCUUUGAACCAACUUAGAAAUCAGUCUUUGGAAAUUUUUUCUCAUUUUUCAAUAUUUUCAGUGAGAAAAACCUUUUUUAGAAAUGUUUCCCUGAAUUCCUAGCUUGAUUCUGAAUUUAGAGCUUUGAGUCAACUUGGAAGCCGGUUUUUUUGAACAUUUCUUUCAUUUUACAACAGUUCCAGGGCUUCCAUCUCGAUUUUUCAAGCUUUUAUUUUGUUAAAAAGUUUGUUAGGAACUAGGUCACAAUGGUUUUUCGGCGAAAAAUGAUGUUUUUUCACAUUUUGACGAAAUUUCUACAGCUUUGUUCCAACUUUUCCGUAGGAAUAACAACGAAAAAAUGUCAUAAAUAAAAUAAAAGACAAAGGAGACUUUCAGUUGUACGCCCAGUACUACAUGUCGAAGCACAACGGUCGGAAACUGACGCUGAACACCAUGUUGGGCACCGCCGACGUCCGCGCGACCUUCUACCCAACCGCCGUCGCCUCGGCUUCUGCUGAUGAGGUCGAAUAUUCAUUUUUUAAACAUUUUCAUAGAGAAACAAUAGUUGAUUCUUGUAAUAACUGUUCUAAAAAAAUUUUUGUUAUAUUUCUUUGCGCUCGGGAAAUUCCUGAAACUCGGCCAGGAUCUGUACCGAAUCAAGGUCCUCAUCUAGUUUCCGAUGAAAAAAAAAAAUUAAAGCGAACCAUUGAAAUCAGUGGAAAUAGGCCAUUUUCAGGCUAUUAUUUGUAAUAAGACGGGAUUUAAAAAAAGAAGAAAAAUGAUUUUUGAGUUCUCAAAAUGAUUAUGUUCAAUUACGUCAAGGAAGUGUCUUAAAAUUCACGUUUUUGCUUGAAAUUUCUCCUAAAUAAGGUUGAAAAAAAUGGGAACCUUAUAAGGUCAAAUUUUGUUUAAGAAAUAUCGCUGAAAAUUUUUGAAAAAGUACCUUUUUAGCAGUAAUUUUGCGCUUUUUCGCAUAUUUUUCGCUGCAAGUUUACACUUUUUCGCGUCAAUUUCGUGAUUUUUCGCAUCAAUUCCGCGCUUUUUCGGAUCAUUUUUGCGUUUUUCUCAUCAAUUUUGCACUUUUCCGCAUUUUUCUCGCCUUUUUUCGCCUCAAAUUAAUUCGUAUAAAUUUUGCGCUUUUUAGUAUAAAUUCCGCCCUUUUUCGCAUCAAUUUCGCAGGUUUUCGAAUCUAAUUUUCACUUUUUUGUAAAGAUUUCGCGCUUUUUUCGCAUCAAUUUCGCGCUUUUUCGGAUCGCUUCCCUGUUUUUUCGCAGCUAAUAAUUUUUUUCCUUUUUUCGGGGCCUAAAGAUACAUUUGAUCUUUGAAAGUGAAAAAGAAAGUUUUCAAUUUCUGAGUUAAAACUCAAACUCUUCCAGAACGCUGCGUCGAGCAGUUCAAGGCCGGCCAGGAAAGUCGAGCACAAAAUCCUCCAAGUGAGCACUCACCAGAUGAUCAUCCUGCUCUACUUCAACUACAACCAACGGUACACCUAUCAACAGUUGCUCGUGAGUCCCUUCCAGGAAUUAUUCUGAACUUUGAAAAUCUUCAGGAUGACUCGAAAAUCUCCGAGAAAGACUUGAAGCGAAAUCUGCAGUCCCUGGCCAUGGGAAAAUCGUCACAGAGAAUCUUGUGCCGGAAGGGAAAAGUUGGAAAAGAUAUUGGUGGGUUUGAGGAAAAAUUAUAAGAAUCGAAUAUUUAUUAUACUCCAUAGAAAGCGUUAAAGCGAAAAAACUGUGAAAAUAAGGAAAAAAGACCUUAAAAACGUCAGAGUGGUCCCUAGAGGGCACAUGAAGGCAAGAUUGAGAAGGUUUCUAAAGUGGUCACUUGGUGUCUCUAUUUGACCGUGAGGAGAGUCAAAGUGGUCACUAAAGGGGCCCCUAGACCUUCCCCUGUAAGGGGCACUUAAGCUUGCAAAAGUGGCCACUCUAUGGUUUUAGUUAGUGGCUCGUUUACGUCUCUUUAACUUCCAAAUCAGGACGAAAAGUUAAAAGGACCCCUGUAGGGACCACUUGAGCUUUAGGGGCUCAUAGGUGAGAUCCUAAAUCCCUCUAGGGACAUCCUAAUUUCAGCCUUCUAGGGAGUCCUGUUUGGGGCACCAUGGAUACUUUUUAAGUAUAUACCUCUAUAGGGGGCGCUAAAGCUCGCAAAAGUGGCCACUCUAGGGAUAUAGUUAGUGGCCCGUAUACGCGUCCAUUAAACUUCGAAUUCAGGACGAAAAAUUAAAAGACCCCUAUAGGGACCACUUGAGCUUUAUGGGGCUCAUAGGUCAGAUUCUAAGCCCCUAUAGGGAUCACUUGAAUUAUCCUCCUGGGGAACACUGUUUUGCCCCCUUGAGGGGCUGUUUCUCCCCAUAAAACGCCCCUAUAGGGGAAACCUAACCUUUAUGGGCUCAUAGGUCAGAUCAUAAAUCAUAAAUCCCUUUAGGGACCACCUUAAUUUUAGCCUUCUAGGAACACUAUUUUGUCCCCUGAAGGGGCUGUUUUCCAUAUACCUUCCUCUAUUAAUGACCCCUAUAGGGUCCUUUUGAGCUUUCGGGGCUCAAGGGUCACAUCCUAAAUCCCUCUAGGGACCACUCUGGCGUUCCUAAGCAACUGCAUCGAGUAGGCUAUAACAAAAAAAUCCAGGCAAAUAAAAGCGAAGAUAAGCAAGAAAGCGGUUUCAAUUUGGAUUUUUAAAUAAAGUUGCAAAAAAAAAUAGUUGCUCGGUGUUGAUUCUGAAUAUUAAAAGAUUUUUAAUGAAAACGGAAUAUUAUUUCAAAUUUUAAAGAAAACUAGGAUUGUUCAACUUUUCGAAUAUCGCGCCAUUUUUUUGUAGUGACAGGUAAAAAGGAAUUUUUAUAAGAAAAUAAAAUAGUUUUUUCCUUCUUUUCCUGACUUUUAUCCUUUUUUACAGAUCCUUCUGACGAAUUUUCUGUGAAAAAUAAGUAUUAUAUCAGUUUAAAAAUGAAAAUUUUUGAUGAUUUUUUUAAAUUUAAUGACCUUCUAUCGAAAAAAAUAAUAAACAUUAAAAAUCGAUUUUUUUAAAAAAAUCAGUUUUUCCCUUCAUCCCAGAAAUUUUAUUUCCAGAACCUUCUGACGAAUUUUCCGUCAACGACGCUUUCACUUCGAAGCUGACGAGGGUGAAAGUCCAGACGGUCAGUGGAAAAUCGGAAACCGAGCCCGAAAUCAAGGAAACCCGUGGAAAGGUUCGAAAUUUAUCAAUUUUCGAAGAAAAAUCGAGUUUUCCAGGUGGAAGAAGACCGAAAAUUGGAAGUCGAAGCGGCGAUCGUCCGGAUAAUGAAGGCCAGGAAGCGCCUCGACCACAAUAACUUGAUAACUGAGGUAUGAAAAAAGUUAGAAACGUCAGAGUGGUCCCUAGAGGGUCAAUUUUUGAUUCCCUCGAAGGGUUCCUCUCCAAGUUAUCCUAAAGAGACUUGAAGGUUCCCCUCAAGGGAUCUCUUUACCUCACCUCUUAAGAGGCAUUACUGGGAAAAACUCAAGUGGCCACUGAAGGGGGUUUCAAGGAUAACUUGGAGAGGAACCUGAAGUGGCCACUAGAACCAUCUCUAUAGAAGACACUUUUUUGGGUCUUAGUGGUCGCUAGUGUAGUUUUCAGUGGUCUAGUAGUAGAAAUUAGGCUCCUGAAGAGGUCACUAAUUUUAGUCACUUAAGUGGCCACUGAUUCCACCACUAUAAUGGUCAAAACCCUAAAGUGGCCACUGAGAAUUUCCCAAGUGAAGCUUGUUAAGUGGCCACUUUAGGGAAGUACUGCUCGUUUAUUUUGAUUGUUUCUUUGUACCUCUAUGAGAAGCAUAUCCAUUUGAUAUAACAGAAACCAGAAGAUCACUAUAGGGACCACUUUAGGGAUUUGAAUGUCAGACCUUAAACCCCUAUAGGGACCAGCUGCGUCCUAGCCCUUUAUGGAGCACACUUUUUUUUCCUUAAUCCCUCUAGGGACCCCUCUGGCGUUUUUAAGGAACUUAUCUUUUUCAUUAAAAGCUUUUUGAUAAAUUAUGGGAGAGUCUUUUUAAAAAUGCAGAAUAACUUUGCAAAUUUCAAAAUUUUGACUUUUCAGGUCACCCAGCAACUGCGACAUCGUUUCCUGCCGGACCCGAAGGUGAUCAAGAAACGGAUCGAAACUCUGAUCGAGAGGGAAUAUUUGGCCCGCGACGACACCAACAUCCGCGCCUACAGCUACAUUGCCUAA